AUGGAAGCUAAUGCUAGUUUUUUUGUAGUUGCUCCACAAAUCUUCAAUGGGGAGAGUGAUCAGCUUUGGGCAAUGAGAAUGGACACUUACUUGGAUGCCUUGGACCCAAUCAUGUCUUUAGGUUCAACAAAGGCAAUUUGGGACUAUCUCAAAGAAGAAUACCAAGGAGAUGAAAGGAUCAGAGGUAUGCAAGUGCUGAAUUCAAUAAGGGAGUUUAAAAUGCAAAGGAUGAAGGAGUCAGAAACAAUCAAAGAGUAUGUGGACAAACUUCUGAGCAUUGUGAACAAAGUAAGAUUGUUAGGAACUAAAUUUUCUGAUUCCAGAUUAGUUAAGAAAAUUCUUGUUUCUAUCCCUGAAAGAUUUAAAGCCUUAAUAUCUUCCUUAGAGAAUUCUAAGGACCUGUCAAGGAUUACCUUAGCAGAAUUGCUCAAUGCUUUGCAAGUUGCUAAGCAAAGAUGGCUGAUGAAACAGGAAGGAGCUGUUGAAGGGGCCUUACAAGCUAAACAUUAG